GUUCGUUGCGGAAUUUGUGUUACCUUUCUGCAGCGAAAGCGAUCGAAUAAAUAGUGCCAAGUGUUCCCCCUAAGUGCAGCAGACAGGAUUCGAUUUGCAAAUUCCAGCACGGCACCCUCCGUUGCAGUAGUGCGCCCCGUGCGAACAAACAAAAACCAUGUACGGCAGAAGCAAUCGGUUAUGCGCGAAACUGUCCAGCGCGUUCCUCCGCAAGUGGUGGUUCGUGAUAGCGUUCGCACUCAGCCUGCUCGUGCUUGGUGCUCUAGUCACAUUCGGAUUCACGGCCUUCAUCAGGACGAUCAUCGAUCACCAAGUGGCGCUGAGGGUAGGCGGACAGUCCUUCGGUUGGUGGUCGCGGCCACCGGUAGAACCGAUCAUCAGGGUCUUCGUGUACAACGUCACAAAUGCGGACGAGUUCCUGAACAACGGCACCAAGCCCAUACUGGAUGAGCUGGGCCCAUACGUAUACGUCCAAACGUGGGAAAAGGUCAACAUCAAAGAAAACCCGAACGGCACCAUCAGCUACAACCAGAAGCGAGUGUACAUCUUCAACGAGGAUCUGUCGGGCGGGCUCGAGGAUGACGUUGUAAUCGUACCAAACAUUCCGAUGCUGAGCGCCACGUCGCAGAGCAAACACGCCGCCCGGUUUCUGCGACUAGCGAUGGCGAGCAUCAUGGACAUCCUGAAGAUCAAACCGUUCGUCGAGGUAUCGGUCGGCCAGCUGCUGUGGGGCUACGAAGAUCCACUGCUGAAGCUAGCAAAGGACGUGGUGCCGAAGGAGCAGAAGCUACCGUACGAGGAGUUUGGGCUGAUGUACGGCAAAAACAGCACCUCGAAGGACACUGUGACUGUUUGGACCGGUGUGGAUGACAUUACGCAGUACGGUAUCAUCGACAAGUACAACGGCCGUUCGCAUCAAACGCACUGGCUUUCGGAGCAGUGCAAUCGGUUAAACGGAACUGACGGGUCGAUUUUCCCGCCUCGCAUCACCAAAAACUCGACGCUCCACGUGUACGAGAAGGACCUGUGCCGGCUGUUGCCACUAAGCUUCGAGAAGGAAGUUACCGUUCGAGGAGGCGUCAAGGGCUAUCGCUUCACACCGUCACCAGAUGUGUUCGCAUCGGUGGAAAAGAACCCGAACAACAUGUGCUACUGCCCUGCUGGGCCACCUUGUGCUCCGCACGGGCUGUUCAACGUGUCACUGUGCCAGUACGAUUCACCGAUUCUGCUCAGCUUCCCGCACUUCUACAUGGCCGAUCAAACGCUGCGAACUGCCGUGGAGGGAAUUUCUCCGCCCGAGAAAGACAAGCACCAGCUGUUUAUCGACGUGCAACCGGAUAUGGGUACGGCGUUGCGAGCACGAGCACGAAUCCAGAUCAACCUCGCUGUUAGCCAGGUCGUGGACAUCAAGCAGGUCGCUAACUUCCCGGACAUCGUCUUCCCGAUUCUGUGGUUCGAGGAGGGCAUCGACUCCCUACCGGACGAGAUCCUGGACCUGAUGAAGGUAGCGACGACCAUUCCACCGCGGGCCAAGUUCAUCCUCACGAUCGCCCUGUUCGGUUUGGGCGGGUUUCUGUUCGUGGUGGCCGUCAUCUGCCUCGUGCGGAAAUCGCACCGCCAGAGCACGCUGCACCUCGAGGGCUCGAACUAUCUGGCCACGGCGUCGGUCGAUCAGGCCAAAAAGAAGGCGAAGAUGGACAGCGGCAUGAACAGCAAAAGCAACUAGGCCUAGCUUUACGCGUGGCUUACCAUCGCUACCGGUCAUGGCUUCUUCGCUAGGCCGUUCGAGGAACCGAUUUGGUGAUAGCACUGGUGUUUAGCGAACCACUACGAGACUUAAAGGAUCAAUACGUAGGAUAUAUGGGCCUGAUCGCCAUGCCGAGGGAAUUGCGGGGGCACUGAGAACGACAGCAAGCGGCAAUACGCUCGCGUUUCCUGUCAAGCCACACGAGGGACAAAACUAGGGUCUAAUUUGUUGUGGGGUAAAUCAUUUGCUCAGUUCUUUGCACACUAUCGAAUAGAGAUAAAACAGUGGUUGGAACGCGUCCCAGACCACCGUACCAUGAAGUUAAACGCGUACUGUGUCAAAAAAAAGCACUCAUUCGAAUCCCCUUUCAAGACCAAGAUGUGUGGAAACGAUCGUAUAUUGCCAGCCUUAGGAAGCCUUAGCAGAAGAAACACAUCACAGCGGGGUUUGCUGUCCAGUACGCUUAGCGUACGGUAUGGAGACAGGAAUGUACCGAAACCAUUCCACCUUCUAUUAUUUUAUGUGAUUUAUACAAAAAAAAGGGAACGUUGUUACUGAGAUACAUAUGCCAUCUAGGGUAAUGGUUGCGGCCAUACAUCAGGCAAUGUCUAGAACGAAGCGGCAAAAGAAGGACCAGCACGUCGAAUAAAAUUAAUCAGCCAUUAUAACGGAUGGUGUAUGUGUCUUAGCUUGGAUACGGCUACUACCUCCGCUGCAGGCGGUAGUGUGAAGACAGGCUUUAGAGUAUAAACGCCAACUUGCUUCAGUGUACCGUAUUCAAGGGUUUGUACUUAUAAGCGCACGUGAACGUAUAAUUCAAAAUUUUAACUACCUUUCAUACUACCCAAACAGAAUACAAUGCACGGACGGUGUGCCUAGCGAUUAGAACGAAAAUUGCGUAGAAAAAUACUCCGUACGAGACGACAAACAAAAGCGAAUACGAUCAGCUAGCAAUCAUAUCACGGCAGAUAAGGUUUUGUGUUUGCUCUGUUUGGAUGUAAAAUGCAGAAACUAGGACAAAAACACGACCCACUCGCACUCAGAUUGGCGCGGAUCGUGGGAUCGUGGCGUCGCUCUACUGGACUCAUUGAUGCAUGCUUCAGUUGCCAAAUAUAAAUGUACUUUCUUUUUCUUUCUCACCUGCUCGCUACUGGCAAAGCAACAAUCCCUUUUACAACCUUACACCCGUACGUAGUGUAAAAUGUAAUAUGUUAGCUCGUAAGUGUAUAAAUAGUACGGUGGCUAAGGUCCGGUGGGGAUAAUAUUAGAUUCACGAACAAACGAACACAAAAAAAUACAAAUCGGGAAAGGUUUGAGCAGGACACCAUAUGCAAACACUCUUAACAAUAAGGCUUAUUAAAGCAGGCAACGAACCCGUGACAUUCGAUAAGCGCUUCGAUGCGAGUGGUGGGUACACAUUGUAUCGAGUAAUUUAGGAUUGACUAGAACGAAUCGACAAACUAGGCACGAUGUGGCUCUGUUGGGCGAGUAGAAUAUCUAGAAAUUUAUAUGCAUCACAUUGCAGGCGCCGAAGGUUACAGUGUUACUUUUCUUUUAUGGAACAAAGUGGAAAGAAAUAAAACAUAAAAACA